CUCAAGAAUUUCAAGAUGGCGGCUGGGCCAUCAGUGAUGUGUCUUUAGUCUGAUUCCAUUUUUCGGCAUCCCCACUUUUAAGAAUCGUCAUGGAUAACCAGAUAAUAGGGUCCUUAAACUCCCUGGCAGAUUAUGGACUUGGUGAGAGUGAUAUUGAAGACUCUGAUGAAGAUGUAGAGCCGAAACACAAGCCGAUCGUUGUGGUGAGACCUUCGGUUGCUCAAGUAAAAAAAAAAACAAGUGCUCGUUUAGUCUCUUAUGAUGAUGAAUUUGAAGAAGAAAAGGGGGAAGAGCCCAAAGAUGAGGAAAUUGAUAAAGACCCAGGCACUGUUGAAGAGAUUGUUAGUGAUGAAAAUGUAAUAAGUAAAGAUGUGACUGAUGAAGAUUCUUCUCAGGAGAAAAAUCCUGCUCAAGAUGCCCUGAUGGCAAUCAGUGACUCAUCAGAAAAAGUACAAUCAGAAGAAAAAGGAGAUCAAAAAGUUGAGGACCUUGUCACAGAAACAUCAAACUCUAUACCUGAGAUCAAAAUGCCACAGUUACCACCUGAGCCUACUGGCCGCUGUUCCAAUUCUCUACAGGAAAAGGUUCAAACACUCUUAGAAAAGACACACCAGGAAAAUCUUGAUUUGAACACAAAUAUACAAAACAGGAAAAAAUAUAGAAACCCAAGUAUUUAUAAGAAGCUCUUGCAAUAUCUUAACAUUGAUGAAACUGGUAGCAAUUAUCCAAAGAGUUUGUUUGAUCCAACAUGUUGGCCGGAGGAGUCUUACUAUGAAAAUUUAUCCAAAGCUCAGAAAGAAGCUUAUGAGAGAAAAGAAAAGGAAAAAGCAAAGCAAGCAAGAACGCAGGUGGAAUUUGUGUCCGGUACCAAAAAGGCAGGUACAGGUACAGAGGAACCAAAGAAGAGAAAAAGCAAAUGGGAUCAGACUGCAGUUCCUGCAACUUCUGUGAAAACUGCGACUCCACCAGCAAAAGUUGGAGUACAGGGACCAGUUGUCUCCUCGUCUAUUGACAUUAAUGCUGCUAAAAAGCCGAAGGUUUCUUGAUGUUAGCAGUCUCUGGCAGAAAGCUUGAAUCAACUAUAAGAAGCAGAAAGAACAGUAUCAAUAAUAACAGUUUAUUUCUCUCGCCAGUGUUGACGGAAAUACUGCAAGGGAGCGAAGAUUUUCUUGUAACUCUAUGGACAUGUAUAUUAACCUGUUGUUUUACAUUGUAUAUCAAUAAACGUCAGAUGAGAUCGAAAUUUUCACGAUGGAAGUUA